UUUAUGUAUUUUGAAUAUUAACUCCUUGAGUAUGUCAUUUGCACAUAUCUUCUCCCGUUCACCAGCCUGCCCUUUUGUAUUGAUGAUGAUUUUCUUCCCUGUGCAGAAACUUUUUACUUUCAUGUAGUCAUAACAGUUUAUUUUAGCUUUUGUUUUCCUUGCCUUAGGAAACAUAGCCACAAAAAUGUUGCAAUGGCCAGUAUCAGAGAAAUUACUGCCUUUAUUUUCUUCUCAGAGUUUUAUGGUUUCAAGUCUUAUAUUUAGGUCUUUAAUUAAUUUUGAGUUUAUUUUUGUGUAUGGUAUGGGAAAGUGGUCCAAUUUCAUUCUUUUGCUUGUAACUGUCCAGUUUUCAUAGCACCAUUUAUUGAAGAGACUAUCUUUUUCCUAUUCUGUAUUCUUGCCUUGUCAUAAAUUAAUUGACCAUAUAAAUGUGGUUUUAUUUCUGGGUUCUCUGUUCUGUUCCAUUGAUCCAUGUGUCUGUUUUUGUGCUAGUACCAUACUCUUGUUAUUACAGCUUUGUAGUGUAUCUUGAAAUCUGGGGUUGUGGUACUCCCAAUUUUGUUCUUUCUCAAGAUUGCUUUGGCCAUUCAAAUUUCGGUAUUAUUCUAGUUUCAUGAAGAAUGCUGUUGAUAUUUUUGAUAGGAAUUGCAGUGAAUCUAGAUUGCUUUGGGUAACACAGACAUUUUACCAAUAUUCGUUGUUCUAGUCCAUGAGCAUGGAAUAUCUUUCCAUUCAUUUGUGCAAUCUUCAGUUUCUUUCAUUAGUGUUUAUAAUUUUCAGAUACAGAUCUUUCACCUCCUUGGUUAACUUUAUUCUGAGGUAUUCUUUUUGGUAUAAUUUUAAAUGGAAUUGUUUUCUUAAAUUUCUCUCUCUGCUACUUUGUUAUCAGUGUUAACAGAAGUGCUUCCAAUUUAUUGGAAUUAAUUUUGUAUUCUGCAACUUCACUGAAUUCAUUUAUUCUGAUAGUUUUUUAGUGGAGCUUUUUAGGAUUUUGUAUAUUUAUCAUGUGCAGAUAGUGACAGUUUAACUUCUUUACCAGUAUGGAUGCCUCUUAUUUCUUUUUUGUAUCUGAUUUUAUGGGUAGGACUUCCAGGUCUAAGUUGAGUAGAAGUGGUGAGAGUAGACAUUCCUGUCUUGUUCCUGACAUUAGAGGAAAAACUCUGUUUUUCAACAUUGAGUUAUGCUAUCUGGGUUUUUCAUAUAUGUCCUUUAUUGUGUUGAGAUGUGUUAGCUCUAAACCCAGUUUGUUGAGAGUUUUUAUCAUGAGUGAAUGUUGAAUUUUGUCAGAUGCUUUUUAUGCAUGUACUGAGAUGAUCACAUGGUUUUAAUCCUUGUUUUAUUAAUGUGGCGUAUCAUGUUGAUCGAUUUACAAAUGUUGGACUGUCCUUGCAUCUGUGGAUAUAUCCCACUUGAUUGUGGUGAAUAACCUUUCGGUGUAUUGUUGAAUGUGGUUUGCUAACAUUUUGUUGAGGAUUUUUGCAUAUAUGUUCAUGAGGGAUAUUGGCCUAUAGUUUUCUUGUAGUCUUUGUCUGGUUUUGGUAUCAGCAGACUCAGAGAAUGCGUUUGGAGGCUUUCCUUCCUCUUUUGUCUUUUGGAAUAGUUUGAGAAGAAUAGGUAUUAAUUCUUCUUUAAAUGUUUGGUGGAAUUCACCUGUGAAUAUUCUGGUUCCUGGACUUCUAUUUUUGGCAGUUUUUUGAUUGAUUCAAUUUAAUUACUAGUAAUUGAUUUAUUCAGAUUUUUUAUAUCUUCCUGAUUCAAUUUUGGGAGAUUAUAUGUUUCUAGGAAUUUAUCCAUUUCUUUUAGGUUGUCUAAUUUGUUCGCAUUCAAUUUUUCAUAAUAGUCUCUUAUAAUCCUUUUUAUUUAUAUGGUAUAAGUUGAUACUUCUCUUUCAUUUCUGAUUUUAUUUAGGUCUUUAUUUUUAUUGAUGAGUCUGGCUAAAGGAUUAUUAAUUUUAUCUUUUCAAAGAACCAGCUUUUGGUUUCAUUUGAUUUUUUUUUUUCUAAUGUCUAUGUCAUUUAUGUCUGCUCUUUGUUAUUUACUUUCUUCUACUCAUCUUGGGCUUUGUUCUUCUUUUUCUAGUUCAUUUAGGUAUAAGUUUAGAUGGUUUAUUUGAGCUUUUUCUUGUUUCUUAAGGUAGGCCUGUGUGUGCUUUGGUUUCAUUUUCUUCAUGUUUCACUUGCUUAAAGUUGUUGGAUAUGUGGACUUUAUAGGUUUCAUCAAAUUUGGAAAUUUUUAUCUAUUAUUAUCUUAAAAUAUUUUAGUUGGCUCCUCCCACCCCUCCCUUCAGGGAUUCCAGUCAUAAAUAUAUUAGGUGACCUGAAGUUGUCUCACAGCUCACUGAUCUUCUAUUUUGUUCUUGUUUUUGUUUGUUUGUUUUUUCCCCCAGGUGUUUUGUUGUUCAUUUUAGAUAGUUUCUAUAGCUAUAUCUUCAAGUUCAUUAAUUUUUUCUUCUGAAUGUCUAAUUGCUGUUCCAUCUAUUGCACUUUUAAUCUUAGACACUGUAUUUAUCAUCUUGAGGUUUUAUUUGAAUCUUUUUUUACGUCUUCUAAACUCUCUUUAAUUUAAUGGGGAAAAACAUGUUUGGGCUUUCUUUGACUUUCUUGAUCAUGUAGAAUAUAGUUACAAUAACUGUUUUAAAGUCCCUGCCUACAUAUUCUAGCAUCUCUGUAUUUUAGGUCAGUUUCUAUUGACUGAUACUUCUCCUUUUUAAUAUUUCCCUGCUUUUCUUUGUCUGCUUUGUAAUUUCUUAUCAGAUACCAGACUUUGUGAGCUUUACCUUAUGGAGUCCUAGAUACUUUCAUACUCCUUUCACUGUGCUUGAAUUGUGUUUUGGUACACAGUUUAGUUUCUUGAAAAUAAUUUGACCCUUUUCAAGGCUUUUGUUAUUGUUGUUUUUAGACAAAGCCAGAGCAAUCUUUAAUUUAUGACUAAUCUGUAACACCCUUCUGAGUACUCUACCUCAUGUUCCAUGUAUUAAAUGGGUUUUUCCACUUUGGGUGGUAGAAAUCAGAAUUCUUCCUGGACCUGUGUCAGCUUCGGGAAUGGUUCUGCUUUUCCCAAUGGCUUUUUCUUUGUCUUCAGUAGUUUGUAUGCACUGACGGGUUCUCCUCUGAAGAAGACUUGAGACUAACCCUCUGCAGAUCUCUGGAGCUCUCUCUUUGCACCUCUUUCCUUUCUAUGUAACUCUUCCUUUUCUGGUAUUGUGCCCAGCUAAUUUUAGCUACUUUGGCUUCCUUGAAUUCUCAGUUCUGACUCAGAACUGAAUCCUUCAGUUCUGUGAGAGGGACCUUUGGGAUUUAUUUCAGUGUCUUCUCCUUGUGUUGUAGCCUGGGAAUUCUCUCCAUACAGUAAACUGAGGCAGCGGUCAGGCUUACCAUUUGUUUUCUUUCUCUCUGGGAUUACUGUCCUUUGCUGCCUAUUGUUCAGUGUCAGAAAACAAUUGUUUCAUUUAUGUAGUUCAAUUUUGGAGUUGUUGAAGACAAGUCCUAUUUGUUAUUUCGUCAUCAUGGCUGAAAGAGUUAUGCAUAGUAUUUACUGAUAACGUUUUUACAAAUAUGCCUGCUUAAAGAAUAUUUAGGAUACCCUAAAUAUUUUAUUUCUAUUUUCCUAUAUUAAAUACAUCAUAUCUUCUGAAUAGUACUGCUAUGAAGGGGUACUUAUUAUAUGGAGAUCAUAGAAGUACUAGUUAUUAGUUAUUGUUUUACUUUUAAUAAGUCCCAAGAAAGUUAAGUAUCCUUUAAUUGUUGUUAAAUAUAGCUGACUCAUUAAAAUGGAUUCUGUGGUACUACUUUUCUUUAGUCACCAAACAUUAGUGGAUUUCUUCCUUCAGUUACACAACUUUUACAUAAGAAAAAACUUAAAGUAUUUCUUUUUUUAUUAUUUUUCCAAACUUUAAAUGAAAGCCUGUUUUACAUAGCAAUAUAGUUAUAAUGAAUGGCUUAUAUUUUUAGAGUUCCAAUUUGAUAACAAACUUACAAACAAAUUUUUAAGCUUCUUUUGAAAUGCCAAACUUGACAGGAAGUGAACACAAAAGGCAGAAAAGCCUGUGGCUCUGAAAAAGCCAAAAAGGAUAUCUGUUCUAUAUUUGUAUGGUAGAUCAUUAACCUCUCCAGCACUUUACACAAAGGUUUUAGUAUUUACCACAAGACAUUGUUUUUUUAAAAGAGGUACAUUUUUCUGAGAGCUGUGUCUCAGGAAAGUGAGUGAACUGUAAGAUAAUGAUUAAGUCAUAUAUAACACUUUUCUAAAAAUAUGGGUAAGGAUAAUGAAAUACUAACAUGCCAUGUAUUAUAUUUAUAUAACAGCCAUGCUACUAUAAUGGAAAAUAUUCUAUGGGUUUUUUUAAUUUUUCCAUUCUAAAUCUUUGAAAUCUUGUAUAUUUUAUUAAUAUGAAAUUUAUUGUCAAAACGGUUUCACUACAACACCCAGUGCUCAUCCCAACAGGUGCCCUCCUCAAUGCCCAUCACCCACUUUCCCCUCCUCCCCACCCCCCAUCAACCCUCAGUUUAUUUUCAGUAUUUAAGAGUCUCUUAUGGUUUGCCUCCUUCCCUCUCUGUAAUUUUUACCCCCCUUCUUCCCCCCGGUCUUCUGUUGAGUUUCUCAGGAUCCACAUGUGAGUGAAAACAUAUGGUAUCUGUCUUUCUCUGCCUGACUUAUUUCACUUAGCAUCACACUCUCCAGUUCCAUCCACAUUGCUACAAAAGGCCAGAUUUCAUUCUUUCUCAUUGCCAAGUAGUAUUCCAUUGUAUAUAUAAACCACAAUUUCUUUAUCCAUUAAUCAGUUGAUAGACAUUUAGGCUGUUUCCAUAAUUUGGCUAUUGUUGAAAGUGCUGCUGUAAACAUUGGGGUGCAAGUGCCCCUAUGCAUCAGCACUCCUGUGUCCCUUGGGUAAAUUCCUAGCAGUGUUAUUGCUGAGUCAUAGGGUAGAUCUAUUUUUAAAUUUUUGAGGAACCUCCACACUGUUUUCCAGAGCGGCUGCACCAGUUUGCAUUCCCACCAACAGUGCAAGAGGGUUCCCGUUUCUCCACAUCCUCUCCAGCAUCUAUAGUCUCCUGAUUUGUUCAUUUUAGCCACUCCGACCGGCAUGAGGUGAUAUCUCAGUGUGGUUUUAAUUUGUAUUUCCCUGAUGAUGAGUGACGUUGAGCAUCUUUUCAUGUGCCUGUUGGCCUUUCAGAUGUCUUCUUUACAGAAGUGUCUAUUUAUGUCUUCUGCCCGUUUCUUCACUGGAUUAUUUGUUUUUUGGGUGUGGAGUUUGGUGAGUUCUUUAUAGAUUUUGGAUACUAGCCCUUUGUCCGAUGUCAUUUGCAAAUAUCUUUUCCCAUUCCGUCGAUUGCCUUUUAGUUUUGUUGGUUUCCUUUGCAGUGCAGAAGCUGUUUAUCUUGAUGAGGUCCCAAUAGUUCAUUUUUGCUUUUAAUUCUCUUGCCUUGGGAGAUGUGUCAAGUAAGAAAUUGUUGCGGCUGAGGUCAGAGAGGUUUUAUCCUGCUUUCUCCUCUAGGGUUUUGAUGGUUUCCUGUCUCACAUUCAGGUCCUUCAUCCAUGUUGAGCUUAUUGUUGUGAAUGGUGUAAGAAAGUGGUCUAGUUUCAUCCUUCUGCAUGCUGUUGUCCAGUUCUCCCACCACCAUUUGUUAAAGAGACUGUCUUUUUUCCGUUGGAUGUUCUUUCCUGCUUUGUCAAAGAUUAGUUGGCCAUACUUUUGUGGGUCUAGUUCUGAGGUUUCUAUUCUAUUCCAUUGGUCUGUGUGUCUGAUUUUGUGCCAAUACCAUGCUGUCUUGAUGAUUACAGCUUUGUAGUACAGGCUAAAGUCUGGGAUUGUGAUGCCUCCCACUUUGGUCUUCUUCUUCAAUAUUACUUUGGCUGUUCGGGGUUUUUUGUGGUUACAUAGAAAUUUUAGGAUUGCUUGUUCUAGCUUCGGGAAGAAUGCUGGUGCAAUUUUUAUUGGGAUUGCAUUGAAUGUCAUGUAGAUAACUUUGGGUAGGAUUGACAUUUUAACAAUAUUUAUUCUUCUAAUCCAUGAGCACGGAAUAUUUUUCCAUUUCUUUUUAUCUUCUUCAAUUUCUUUCAUAAGCUUUCUGUAGUUUUCAGCAUACAGAUCUUUUACAUCUUUGGUUAGGUUUAUUCCUAGGUAUUUUAUGAUUCUUGGUACAGUUGUGAAUGGGAUCAGUUUUUUUAUUUGUCUUUCUGUUGCUUCAUUAUUAGUGUAUAAGAAUGCAACCGAUUUCUAUACAUUAAUUUUGUAUCCUGCAACUUUGCUAAAUUCAUGUAUCAGUUCUAGCAGACUUUUGGUGGAGUAUAUCGGGUUUUCCAUGUAUAGUAUCAUGUCAUCUGCAAAAAGUGAAAGCUUGACUUCAUCUUUGCCAGUUCUGAUGCCUUUGAUUUCCUUUUGUUGUCUGAUUGCUGACGCUAGAACUUCCAUAUGUUGGGUUUUUAAAAGCACUUCAUGAGUUACUUAAAAUAACCAUAUAUUUACUUUUUCUUUGCUGGUUAAGAGAAAACAUUUUAAUUUUUGAAAAUCUGAUUCUUUCUGAACAUAUAGCUAAGGCUUUAACCUUUCUCACUCUGACCCAGUGUGUUCCUAAUUUCUUGCCCUUAACUCCCAUAACUAGUAGUCUUUUAAGAUUUAAGAGACUUGACUUCAUUAUUCAAAACUGAAAUUAUUUCAUUUUGUUCUAAAUACAACUCUUCUUACCAAUCUGUAUUUUUACGUUACUUUUUAAGUCAUCCAGGCUUAAAGACUGAGUAUUCCUUCCUUCCUUUUUCUCUAUAGUUAGAUACAGAAUCUUGCAAAUUUAAAGAAAUUGUACAUGUCUCUUAGAUUCAUCUUACUAUUUUUAAAAUCUUAUUUUCAUUUAAAUUUCCUUAGAUCUUUUAUUUCUUACAUUUAAUUUAUUAUAUGCACCUGUUUGGUCUCCCAGCUCUGCCACUAACCUCCAUUUAAACUUUUGUGCCAAGUUAAUAUCCCUAAAUACUUAUUCAUGCCACACCCCAGUGUAGGAACCAAUAAUAGCUCCCUAUUACCAUUCAGAAAAAUUUAACCUCUUUUCCCUGGUUGUGGUAAUCUGGCCUUUCCUAGCCUUACUCCUACUAUUCCUCAAACAGUUACCAUAGCCAGAUAACUCUCAUCUGUGGAGCAAACCACACUUAUCCAGUGGGAGAUAGCCUGCCUAAAGUGGGACGUAGAAUCAGAUGACCUGGCUUUAUGUUCUAACUCUUCCAUGUGCAAGUUAAUGUUUUUGUUUCAGUGUCGUGCUUUGUAAAUUGAGAUAGACCAAAAUAUUUCCCUCCUUCUAGCUCAGAUAUUUUGUUUCUAUAAAACCAUUUAAAUGUUAAGAAUUAUUUGCUAAUACUGAGUGUAUAUUCAUAUUCCUUUAGAUUGCUUCAUAAUUUAUUAAAUAUUGAAGGAAGUUUUCUUUCAUAAAAAGGUUACGUAGUGAUCUCAUUUCCCUAUACUCCUUCAGCUCAUGUUUUCCCAAUUCUGUUUGGGCCAUACCUGGGUAUUCUGUACAUCAGAUAUUUUAAAGGAAUUGUACUUGUCCCUGUGAAAUAUGUAAUGACAUGGGAAAUGGUCCCUGGUCUUUUUUUUUUUUUUUUGCUUUUGAGACAGAGAUUGUACAUGCGGGCUUGAGCGCAUGUGAGUUGGGGAGGGGGAGAGGGAGAGGGAGAGAGAGAGAAUCUUAAGCAGUGUCCAUGCCCAGCCUGGAGCUGAUGCGGGGCUGGAUCUCAUGACUGUGAGAUCAUAACCUGAGCUGAAAUCAAGAGUCAGAUGCUUAACAGACUGAGCCACCCAGGUGCCCUGUGGUUUUAAUAUAACAUGUUACUAAAAUCCAUAAUAAUUUAGGGUUGAUAACAUUAGGGAUUUGGAUCAACCUUCAAGGAGAUUGAAGAGAAGGAUAAAAAUGAGGAUUCACCUUUAUUUGAUCUUAUUAAACAAGCAAAGGACCGAGAAGGACCAGCUGAUCACCUUGAAUCUGCCUGUACUCUCAGCCUUCCUCUCCAGAGUAAUCACACUGCAGCAGAUAUGUAUCUUUCUCCAAUCAGAUCCCCAAAGAAAAAAGGAACUACACGUGUAAAUUCUACUGCAAACACAGAGGCACAAGCAACCUCAGCUUUCCAGACUCAGAAGCCAUUGAAAUCUACCUCCCUUUCACUUUUUUACAAAAAAGUGUACCGACUGGCCUAUCUUCGACUAAAUACCCUGUGUGCACGCCUUCUGUCUGACCACCCUGAACUGGAACACAUCAUCUGGACCCUUUUUCAGCACACACUGCAAAAUGAGUAUGAACUCAUGAGAGACAGGCAUUUGGAUCAGAUUAUGAUGUGUUCCAUGUAUGGCAUUUGCAAAGUGAAGAAUAUAGACCUUAAAUUCAAAAUCAUUGUAACAGCAUACAAGGAUCUUCCUCAUGCUGUUCAGGAGACAUUCAAACGAGUUUUGAUCAGAGAAGAGGAGUAUGAUUCCAUUAUAGUAUUCUAUAACUCAGUCUUCAUGCAGAGACUUAAAACAAAUAUUUUGCAGUAUGCUUCUACCAGGCCCCCGACUUUGUCACCAAUACCUCACAUUCCUCGAAGCCCUUACAAGUUUUCUAGUUCACCUUUACGAAUUCCUGGGGGAAACAUCUAUAUAUCACCCCUGAAGAAUCCAUAUAAAAUUUCAGAAGGUGUGCCAACACCAACAAAAAUGACUCCAAGAUCGAGAAUCUUAGUAUCAAUUGGUGAAUCAUUUGGGACUUCUGAGAAGUUCCAGAAAAUAAAUCAGAUGGUGUGUAACAGCGACCGUGUGCUCAAAAGAAGUGCUGAAGGAGGCAACCCUCCUAAACCGCUGAAAAAACUACGCUUUGAUAUUGAAGGAUCAGAUGAAGCAGACGGAAGUAAACAUCUCCCAGGGGAAUCCAAAUUUCAACAGAAACUGGCAGAAAUGACAUCUACCCGAACACGAAUGCAGAAGCAAAAAAUGAACGAUAGCAUGGAUACCUCAAACAGGGAAGAAAAAUGAGGAUCCCAUGACCUCACUGGGCACCGUAUACACCUGUGGCCUCAUUGUCUCUCACAGAGCAGACUGUGUGACUCUCCCAGGUUCUGUUUACGGCCACAUUGGAUAUGAUCUUCGGCUCUUUUUACGGAUAUUGGAUCUCGAGUGUGCAGAUGGGCUUGCCUGUGCGUGCAGGGGAUUCCUAAGCCACUUGCAACGUCGUAGUCAGUAGAAUAUACAUUGUUAUUGCACAAGAUUGAAAAUCUUGUGUAAAUACUGCCAUUUGGAAAGUUGUAGCAGAUGUUUUCAUUUCCAAAAUAUAAUUGCUGUGCUCUACAAAUGGCAAGGAUGCCCUGGGAGGGGCAUCCCAGCAACCCAGGCCUAUUUGAGUACUUUGUCUUUUCUUGUGGCAUAUAUGUGAUGUUUGCUAUUAUUUUAUUAAUUUAUAUUUAUAUAUUUUUUAAUUUAACAUGAACGCCCUUAGAAUAUGUGUCCUGUCUUCCAAAUGCAAUUUGGCUGACUACUUCCCCCUCACCCAAGUGAUCCUGAACUCUUCUGCUAAAACAGAUAUUAGAAACUAGAAAAACAAAAUUACUAAUUUUUACACAUUAGAUUUUAGUUUACUAAUGGAAUUUGAUGUACUGUGUGCUUGUUUUAUAAAUUUUAGUUUUAAAAUACAAGCAGAAAGCAGAGUAUAAACAAAUGAUGUUGUCAUACUACUGAUACAGAUUUCAUACCUCAGGACUUGUAAGAAUUUAUUGAUCCUUUUCUCCAUCCAACUCCUGCUUUAAAGUGAGGGUUAUUAAUAGUACUCUUGGUUUUUAUAAACCAUUCAGAACCCCGAAUUCAGGAAGUACCCAUCUAGUACUUGGAAAAUAAAGUGUUCAGCUAGAGCUUUGCCAUAGAGGGCCCUAAGACAGGAUAUCCCAAGUGCACUUUCUAAUGUUUCUGGGUCCGAAGAAUCAAGACCUAAAAUAAUUUUACUCCACAGACUGUUAACUAUAGGAGCCUUAAUUUUUCUUUCUUAGAGGUUUGUUUAAUUGCAUCUCAGCAAUUAUUCUGCCCUCCUAAACUUGGGAAGGGGUGUGUUUUCUCGGGAAUUGUACAUGUCUUCCAUGUAUCUUUUGAGCUGGCAAUUGUCUAUUUAUCUUUUUUUUUUUUUUUAAGUCAGUAUGGUCUAACACUGGCAUAUUCAAAGCCACAUCAUUUCUACUCCAAAAUUGCAAGUAAUCAAAGGUCUUUGGGUUAGGCAUUCAUGUUUCUAUCUGAUUUUGUGCAAAAGCUUCAACUUAAAACAGCUACAUUAGAAAAAGAGGCGCUCCCCCCCCCCAGCACCUAAAGGUGUAUUUAAACUAUCUUGUGUGAUUAACUUAUUUAGAGAUGGUAUAAUUUAAAUUAGGUGAUAUUUAAGGUAGCAUCAGCUAGCUUUUAGGAAAAAUCACUUUGUCUACCCAGAAUUCUUUUUAAAAAGAAUUCUGGUCUUAUUUGUUAGAAAAUGAUAUUUUAUUUUGUGCUCGGUUAAGUUUCAAACUUGUUAUCUUGAUAACAAAGGCACUAGAAAGCUUUCUCCCAUUUCCUCAUUAGUUUCUGCAUGAACAUCAUACAAAUCAGUUAGCUUUUAGGUCAAGGGCUACCAUAUUUCUGGGUCUUUAGCUAAUAAAGGUUUACGUUAGAGUUAGUGCCAGAAUUUUAGGAACUUCAGAGAUCAUAUAUUGAGAUUACUUACAUAAGGCUUCAGGUAUUGCUUUAUUGCUUUUUUGUAUUGGUUAAAACUGUACAUUUAAAAUUGCUUUGUUACUAUUUUCUACAAUUAAUAGUUUAUUUUAAAAUAAAUUAGUUGUUAAGAGUC